AUGGGUGUUGCUUUCGACAAGUGCGAGACCCGUCCGGCCAACAUCGAUGCCAUCCUUAACGGCCUCGACCGAUACAACCCCGAGACCACCACGGUAUUCCAGGACUAUGUGGUGCAGCAGUGUGAAGACCGGACGUUCGAUUGCUACGCCAACCUGGCCUUGCUGAAGCUCUACCAAUUCAACCCUCACCUCCUCCAACCCGAGACCGUCACCAACAUCCUCGCUAAGGCACUCACCGUCUUCCCCUCCCCCGCCUUCUCGCUCUGCCUGGCGCUCCUCCCCGCGCACACCCAGCCCUUCCCCGCCACCAACGACGAAGCCCAAGCCGCCUCCCAGACCUCCGACUUCGUCGAGUCGGUGCAGAAGCUCGCCCGGCUCUCCACGCUGCUCGAGUCCGCCCAGUACGCCCAGUUCUGGUCGACCCUGAACUCCGACGACCUGUACGCCGAUCUGGUCGCCGACGUCGCCGGCUUCGAGGAGCUGGUCCGCAUCCGCAUUGCCGUCGAGGUCGGCAAGACCUUCCGGGAGAUCACCGCCGACGUGCUGGAGCAGUGGCUGGAUCUGCGCAGCCGUGAGGCCCUCGAGAAGUUCGUCGUCGAGGUCUGCAGCUGGGAGCUGGACAAGUCCGCCCCCGCCGGUACCGUCGUCAAGGUGCCCACCAACAAAGAGAACGAGGCGCGCAGCGAGGUCAAGAGCGAGCGUGUGGGUAUCGAGCAGUUCGGCCGUGUUCUCCGUAGGGGUUUUGAGCAGGCUGCUUGA